AAUAAGGCUGAGUUUCAAAACAGAAUAUGAUAACUUUGUGUACUCAAUAUUGAUUUCGAUCACCUCGAACAAGGUCAUAUUAUAUAUAUAUAUAUAUAUAUGCGAACCCACAUGAAUGUUUUCAAGGGCGAAUAUAUCUUAAAGCAAGAGUUACUUCAGCGAAUUCCAGAACAUUCCAUCAUGGUACAUUCAGUUGCAUCUUACGUUAGUCCAAAGCGUAGGAGUAGGGAGACACAAAAACUCAUUUUCGACAACUCCAUUUCGAUCUUUCUCUAUGUGUUAUUUAUGGUGACGGUGGCAGUCGGUUUGGUCGUCUUGUUUACUGCUUUGCCGAGGAUACCCGAUUAUUUCAUGGUUCACGUCUAUAUGGUGUAUAUUAUGAUACUACUUGUGGCCAUUCUCUUACUUUUUUCAUUAUUUGUGGAGAAAAUCCGUUUGAGUUUUCUCGGUGUUGAAAUAACGCUUUGGAGUGUAAUCACAUUGUGGUCUUUGGUCUUCGCCACUAUUUUCUCUCCUGUUAAGUGUAAAUGUGCUCUGAUAGCAUUAGGCGUGACAAUUAUGCUCACGUUUGUGACAGUUGUGGUGGCUUUCAAUCUGCCGACUUGAAUCAAAAGGGGUUUAUCGUUUUCUUUGUAAUAUCAGCCGUCCUUGGAGUUUUAGCUAUCGUUGGAAGGAUCUGUUAUUACUUCAUCUCUGGAUUAAAAGAUAAACCGAUAAUCUGCAUACUGCUAGCAGUUCCAGUAGCGUUAUUCAUACUCUCCGUGAUGUUUGUUUCAGUCAGCAUGCGCAAACGGAUAAUGUGGUGGUUUUCGCCUGAAUCCAUGGAUUUAAUUUUUACAUUCGUCAUUUGGUGUCAAAUGAUGAGCUUAUUUGCACAAAUUUAUUCCAGCCUAGAAUUGUGUAAAGACAAGCUUUGUGGCCCGACAAGAACAGAACAAUUAUUUGUGGAAGGGUUGUCGAAUUAUUUGCAUUGAGUAUUCGUCAUCAUCAUAUUAUUAUUGUGCUAAAAUUUCGACUGAAUCAUAUCGAAGUUUUCUUCCAAUUUCACAUGUGCUAACGUCUUUUUUACACUGAUGAUAACUAACGUAAUCUUCAUAAAUAAUAAAUGCACAAAUAUAAACGAACUAAUCAGAUAGAAGUCUGCGUCUAUCUGUGAUGUCUGAAUGCUAGUAUGAUGGGUGCUUCGGCAUUUGUUUGUAAAAUAAAAUCAAAACUUAAAUUCUA